AGGUCAAACAAACAAAAAAAUACCAUUUUCCAUCAAAAUCCAAUCCAAAACAAGCACAAAAAUAUGGCUAUCCCUCCAAAAAUGGCAGCAAAAAUAAUGAUCUCAAUCUUAGCUUUAUUCAUAACCAAAAUUACAAGUGAUCCCAACACAAAGGUGCUCAGUGUCCUCUGCAACUCAGGAGAAUAUUCAAAGGGCGAUCCAUUCGGAAUAAGUUUAGCAUUUGUUGUUGAAGAAUUAGAGGACAGUACACCAAAAUCCAAGAAUUAUAAUUACUACAACAUUUCUCCAUAUCCUAAUGCUUUUGCAUUCGGUCAUGCUGCUUGUAACCAGAAUCUAACGACCUCGGACUGCAGAACAUGUCUUGCUGCUGCUAAAACUGCCAUGUUUUCGUCUUGUCCGAACAGGAUUGGAUCUCGUUCUGUGCUCCAAGAUUGUACUAUUAGGUAUGAGCAGUAUCCGUUUGAUGAUUAAUCAUUUGGGAUUCUAAAGAUUUAUGUAAUAUUUUUAUCUCUUGUUCUAUCUAUAAGAUGUUAUAUGCUGCAAAGAAUGUGCUAUUCUAUCCUUACAAAAUAAGUUUUCUUCACUAGUUCUA